AUGUGGGGAGGACAGCUGGGCACUGGCCAUCUGACUGACUCCGGCGUGACAUCUGGGAGCCCACUGGAGCCCAACAACGAGAAAACCAACAACGGCAUUCACUAUAAACUCCAGCUGUUGUACAGCAAUGGCGUCAGGACAGAGCAGGAUCUGUACGUUCGCCUCAUAGAUUCGAUGACCAAACAGGCCAUCGUCUAUGAGGGCCAGGACAAGAACCCGGAGAUGUGCCGCGUGCUGCUGACCCACGAGAUCAUGUGCAGCCGGUGCUGUGACAAGAAAAGUUGUGGCAAUAGAAACGAGACACCCUCAGACCCUGUAAUCAUUGACAGAUUCUUUCUAAAGUUUUUCCUCAAGUGCAAUCAGAACUGUCUGAAGAAUGCAGGGAACCCUCGAGAUAUGCGGAGAUUCCAGGUUGUUGUGUCGACCACAGUCAACGUGGACGGCCACGUGCUGGCCGUGUCCGACAACAUGUUUGUGCACAACAACUCCAAACACGGGCGGCGGGCCCGCCGCCUAGACCCGUCAGAAGCCACUCCGUGCAUCAAGGCCAUCAGUCCCAGUGAAGGCUGGACCACGGGGGGAGCCACCGUGAUCAUAAUCGGAGACAACUUCUUUGACGGCCUACAAGUUGUGUUCGGGACUAUGUUGGUGUGGAGCGAGCUGAUAACUCCCCACGCCAUCCGAGUCCAGACCCCGCCGAGGCACAUUCCUGGCGUCGUCGAGGUCACCCUGUCCUACAAGUCCAAGCAGUUCUGUAAAGGUGCUCCUGGGCGCUUCGUCUACACCGCCCUAAAUGAGCCGACCAUAGAUUACGGUUUUCAGAGGUUGCAGAAGGUGAUCCCGAGACAUCCGGGCGAUCCCGAAAGGUUACCCAAGGAAGUUUUACUCAAGAGGGCGGCUGACCUCGUGGAAGCCUUAUACGGGAUGCCCCACAACAACCAGGAGAUCAUCCUGAAGCGAGCGGCUGACAUCGCUGAGGCGUUGUACAGCGUCCCUCGCAACCACAACCAGAUCCCCACGCUGGGCAACACCCCCGCGCACACGGGCAUGAUGGGUGUGAACUCCUUCAGCAGCCAGCUGGCCGUGAACGUGUCAGAGACUUCGCAAGCCAACGACCAAGUCGGCUACAGUCGCAAUACAAGCAGCGUGUCCCCGCGAGGCUACGUCCCCAGCAGUACUCCCCAGCAGUCCAAUUACAACACAGUGAGCACUAGCAUGAAUGGAUAUGGAAGUGGCGCCAUGGCCAAUCUAGGGGUCCCUGGCUCGCCUGGAUUUCUUAAUGGCUCCUCCGCUAACUCUCCCUACGGCAUAGUGCCGUCCAGCCCCACCAUGGCAGCCUCUUCGGUCACCCUCCCUUCAAACUGUAGCAGUGCCCACGGCAUUUUCUCACUCUCACCUGCCAAUGUCAUCUCUGCAGUGAAACAAAAGAGCGCCUUUGCGCCCGUGGUCCGGCCCCAAGCCUCUCCUCCUCCCUCCUGCACCAGCGCCAACGGGAAUGGACUGCAAGGCUCUCUGCUGGGUGCUGAGGACGUUACCGUGGAGAAGACAAACUGGCCCUUUUGUGAAGUCGGUGGCAUAUUUCACUUUGAUGAACUAAUGCUCAAAAAAGGAACUGGAAAGCAUCCGGCAUCCAAGGACGGACUUCAGGGGACACGUUUAGUAUAUUGAGACACGCUGGUGGAGACAGUAUCUUCAAAUACGUCAGCAGCAGUCGAGAUGCGACAAGAGACUUUGUUUAAAGAUUUUAUUUAAACUAUUAAGAGCCGACAUGCAAACAGCCUACUUCUUCAUGAACAAUUCCAUUUUACUGACUGAACUUUUCUCAUAUUUUCACACUUCUCGGUCCUGGAGAAAAGGAAAACCAAGCGACGCCUAUUUUGUAUAGAUUUCCGACUCCGUCUUGGCUCUGUCUCGUACUUGCUAUGUGUUGGGAGAAACUUCGUGAAUGCACCGUUUUGAUUCUCAUGAAACACUGAUGAAAACUGCCUCCAAACAUUUUCCUGUCCUCAUCCUUAGAUUCACAAUGGUUGUGUAUCUCUAUAAUGUGAAAUAUUUUUUUGUGGUGAACGAAGGGGGCCAAGGAGGUAUGAGCCAUCAACCUGGAAGAGAGGACGACCUAUGAUUAGAACUGGGGUGGCAGGGAGGGAGGGAGGGCUUUCCAUUGCUUACCUUCAUCUUAAUGAAAUGAAACUUUGUAACUUAUUGUAGUUAGAAAUUGUAACUUUGAUAUUGAAUUCUCUUGCCUUCAACAAGCACACUGACAGAGGAAAAUGCUACUGUCUGUUGGUUAAAAUAUUCUCCCACUGCUAGAAGCUUCUGUUAAGCGAGCGUGACCUGCGACAUUUCCCCACUUUUGCUAGUACUGUAUACGAUUGCAUUCUUAGGCUACUGUGAGGUCCAUGUUUCUUGUACCAGAAAUUGUCCUUUUGACUUCUAGACCCUUCUUCCCUAAUGUGUUUUGUAUGUGGUUAUAAAAUUGUAGACUUUUGUGAUUUUGCCAAAGUUGUAGCUAAAUAUUUAUACACUUGUCUUGAAUUUUUUUCAGAUCCACUUAUAACUAUUUAGGAAAAACACACCAAGUUUUAUUCCUUAUGUGUCUUAAAAGGGAUGAAUUGGUCUCAUUUGACACUUUUCCAUGAACACUUACAGUCGCUGAGGGACUUUAUUUUGUAACAUAUCGAUUAUAAAUAUUGUAUUUAUCUUUGGAA